AUCAGUGUAUUUUUUCUGUUCAUUUUGUAAAUAAAGAUUUAUAUUCAUCUUGUCUACAAUUUAAGUGUUCAAUAUUUUCAAAAUGGCAAUUAAGUCGAUCGUAGUGUUCGCCACCGUCGCCACUCUGUUCGGGCGUAUGGCCUUUGCUUACCCGCCGGAGCACAAGAGUUACUACGAAGAGGACGACAGCUACGACGGUGCAGGUCAUCUGCAGUACCAGCACAGCGGUUACACGCCGCCCGCCGCCCCAUACCACUUUGAGUACGGCGUGAAGGACCUGCACACGCACGACAUCAAGAGCCAACAAGAAGUGAGCGACGGCCACGGUAACGUCAAGGGAUCCUACAGUCUGGUGGAACCCGAUGGCUCCACCCGGGUGGUCGAGUACACGGCCGACCACGAGCACGGGUUCAACGCAGUGGUCAAGAAAAUCGAAGCACCCAAAGACAAUAAUAAUUAUUAUUACCAUCAGUCGCACGUGGACGUCGACUACCACCAACAGCCAUCGAAUUACCACAAGUACUAUUGAUCAAUGACUAUCCCGAAGUAUAAUAAUAACGUGUAACAUUAUUAUCGUCGUUAGUAUUAUUCAUAAAUAUUUACCAAUAAAUUGUGCUGCGGCUAUUGUUGUUGUUGUCGUCGUUGGCCAUGCGUAAUGAUAAUGAUAAUACAAUCAUACAACUACUGUGUAUAGGCGAUUUUUGCCAUAAAAUAGAUCUUAAUAUAGUUACUAGCCUCUACUCCUAUAUAGAUCAUAAUAUUAUAUUAUGCAAAAAUUAAUUACCUAACUCGUUUGUUGAAUAAAACAUUUAUCAUUGUAUAUUAUAAUA